AUGAAGCUUCCGGCGCCGGUUCUUGUCAUCCUUAGCACCGUCCUAAUGUUCUUUACAGCCAGCUUGGCACCUUUAAUCGCGGUUAAAUGCAAUGUGCCACAACAACCGAUCCCUGCAUACACGCUAGGGAGUUGCGUCACGGGAACGUGGUUCUAA